CCUCCCCUCGGAUGUGACUCGAGCUGGAGGCGCGCAGGCCGGAGACGCUGCAGGACCCGCGACCCGGAGCAUCCGAGCAAUAGCCCUUCAAGUCUACAAUUAAAAAUGGCCUCCAAUAAAACUACUUUGCAAAAAAUGGGAAAGAAACAGAAUGGAAAAAGUAAAAAAGUUGAAGAGGCAGAGCCUGAAGAAUUUGUGGUGGAGAAAGUACUGGACCGGCGUGUAGUAAAUGGGAAAGUGGAGUAUUUCCUGAAGUGGAAGGGAUUUACAGAUGCUGACAAUACUUGGGAGCCUGAAGAAAAUUUAGAUUGUCCAGAGUUAAUUGAAGCAUUUCUUAAUUCUCAAAAAGCUGGUAAAGAAAAAGAUGGAACAAAAAGAAAAUCUUUAUCUGACAGUGAAUCUGAUGAUAGCAAGUCAAAGAAGAAAAGAGAUGCUGCUGACAAACCAAGAGGCUUUGCUAGAGGUCUUGAUCCUGAACGAAUAAUUGGUGCCACAGACAGCAGUGGAGAAUUGAUGUUUCUCAUGAAAUGGAAAGAUUCAGAUGAAGCAGACUUGGUGCUGGCAAAAGAGGCAAAUAUGAAGUGUCCUCAAAUUGUAAUUGCAUUUUAUGAAGAGAGACUAACUUGGCAUUCUUGUCCAGAAGAUGAAGCUCAAUAAAUUGUCUGCGUUGUUUUUUAUAUAUAUUUAUACAUAUAUAUAAAAUCUGACUGAGUCUUGGUUUUUGAAUUACUAGUGUGAAAAAGAUAACCACAUUCUAAUAAAAAUCAAGUUUGGUAUGUUGGUUUUGAAAGUAGUAUUGGGGGAGUUGUUGGUUUUUGUUUUUGUUUUUUGCAUCAAUAGCACUGGUUACUUUGAACAGAUAAAACAAAAGCUUUCUGUAUUUGCUUCCUUUAUCAGAAAAGACUAUUUGAUACCAUGGUAUAUUUCCUCUGCAUUUGAGAAUAGCUUUAAUGUUAAGGAAAUUUUACAGUCAUUAAUCAGAACUUAUCUUUUAACUGGUAUGUGAAAGGACCAUUCUGGGCUUUUUGUUUGUGUUGGCGUAUACAUAAAAUAUUUACAUGGUUUUAGGUGCUGGGGAUUGAAGGCAGAGCCCUGAGUAUGGUAGGCAAGUGCUGUACCACUUGACUUCAACCCCAGCCUUUUCUCUUUUUGUUUGGAGAUAAGAUAGUCUCAGUGGGCCUCAAACUUAAAAUCCUCCUGCCUCUACUAUCCAAGUGCUUGGAUUACAGGCAUAUAUCACCACAUCUGGCUUGUUUUGGUUUUCUAUAGACACAUAAAUACAAUAGUUUGUUUGCAAAAUUCCUUAUUACCAGUACCAGAAACUUCCCCAGCCAGAUGAGGAAACUAGACAAAUCCUGGUUUAUUUUAAUUAGCUAAACAAGACCAAGUGCACAUUUAAAGGUUCCUCUAGGGAGCCAUUCCUUUACAGAAAGUUGAAAUCUGUACUAAGGUUUAGGAAUCAUGAAAUAUCUCAGACUUGGCUCAUGCAAAUGUAAUCUGCUGGUUAGAAAUACUGGCAAUUUAGGACCUGCUGGCAUAAAUUUGAAAAUUUUAUAAAUUGACCUGCAUGCUUUUUCUUUCCCCAGACUCAUUCCUUACAUGUAGGCUCAAUCUUCGCAGUAUUUGGGUUACUGGUUCUGCAGAAGCCAGGAAAACAACUUUGUAGUAUCAGAAUGUUAUCCAACUGUAUAUUGUUUACUUUAUUGUAAAUAAUGGUGAACAGUGGUCAAUAAAUAGUUUUA